CUGUCAGCCAGAAUCAGUUCUGAAGCAUUUCUGUGAAAAAACCAACCUGCGCUAGAAAGGGAAUUCCAAAAUCGUCAUGUUGGCCGUUCGUCCCCUGUUGACGAAGGCACUGUUGUUGCCAGCAAGCAACGGUGCCGCACAAAUUCUACGAUCAAAGGCUACUCUUCCGGUAGUUGAGAAAGACAAACCGGAAAAGCUUCCAUACUCCCCAUUCGGAACCAAACAAUCGAACUGGGCCGAUUGGACUGUCGCUCGCUUAGAUGAUGUAUUGAACUGGGGUCGCAAAGGCUCCAUUUGGCCGCUAACAUUCGGCCUGGCUUGCUGUGCGGUGGAGAUGAUGCACAUCGCCGCUCCGCGGUACGACAUGGAUCGAUUUGGUGUAGUAUUUCGAGCGUCACCCCGUCAAGCUGAUGUUAUCAUCGUUGCCGGAACAUUGACGAACAAAAUGGCCCCCGCUCUUCGAAAGGUAUACGACCAAAUGCCAGAACCGCGAUGGGUCAUCUCGAUGGGCAGCUGUGCCAACGGUGGUGGCUAUUAUCACUACUCGUAUUCGGUUGUGCGCGGUUGCGACCGUAUCAUACCUGUCGAUAUUUACGUGCCAGGAUGCCCUCCAACAGCUGAGGCACUGCUGUACGGUGUUCUUCAGUUGCAGAAGAAGGUCAAGCGCAUGAAGACCCUGCAAAUGUGGUAUCGCAAAUAAGUA